AUGGGGCAUAUUGUUGCACCCUCUGAAAUAAUACUACGACAAAAGACCACUCGGUGGAGAACCACCCAAAGUAAGAAGGGGUCCUUUAGAUGUACAUGUGAGAGUGUCUGUGUCGCUCAUGAUACCAAAGCGGUUUCUGAAUUUCAUUCAAAACGGCCCGUGGGAGCCGAGGGAGGGCUGCCUUGUGUUACAGCGAAUCAAAUCAAUUUCGCGCAUACCGUUAGACCCUACACCACCAAACAUUCUGGGUCUGAAGACCGUUCUCAGCUAAGACUGUUGCAAGCAUUGCCUUCUGACGCCAUCGGCAACAGUGCAAACGAAGGUGGGAUAAAAACUCGGGCCUCCUCUGCAAAGGGUUUCAUGAAGUCAUUAUCAGGAUCCAAUUCUGACACUUUGGCCACUCCCUCUCGAAUCUUGCAUUCAGAACCCCUACCAGCACCUAUUUCACAUUCGCUAAAUGAAGGGCUUCCGCAAAAAUCAGUCAGGGAUACUCGCAAGACUUCAGUUACCACUUACGAUACAUUACCAAAGAAAAACUUAGGCCAAACAGGUGCGCCCAUAGGAUUGGGUAAGUCGAGAAGACCUGUAAUCACAACGCCAUCUAAGAAACUGAGUUGUCGGUCCUCUUUUCAGAAGCCAGUCAUUUCACUAAGUAAACAGAACUCGGUGCAAGGCGCCGGCGCGUGCAAAGUCAACGAGCGCGCUGCUCUUGUGCCAUGUAAACUAUCCAAAAGUCCCCAAUCGGGGGGAUCUACGACACAGGCAAACGACGGGAAGGAUUGCCUCUCGGAAAUCGCUCACAGUUCACUGUUGGGGAACUCUCAGUCAGUGCCCCAUGAGCCCCCGCGUGUUGAGUGCGUUUCGACGACUGACAACAACGAAAAAAUACCGAAGGAUGUCGCCAAGGUAGGUAACAUUCGUGAGAGCAGUGAUGAGCAGGAAAAAUCUAACAAUACUCCUAUGAUGAGUAUCACUUACGAGAGUCAUAAAAGGGGGGGAAACAACUACGCAUCUCCGUUUAGCACUGAGCUAUAUUGUGCGUCUGGUAUCGUUGAAAUAUUACCACUUAACAAUUCGACCUCGGAUCUAGGGUUAAUAUCGACCAGUGGCUCACACAUGCGAUGGGUUUGUAAACAAGAAGAUGCCAUUGAAAAGAAAGAGCUGCAACAAUUUGCAGCGCGAUACUACAAGAGAAUCCAGCUCUCUUUGGGUCGUUUGGGUAGACGAUGCAGCGCACCGGAUGAAAGCAAUCGAUGUGGGGAAGACGCUCCCCGAGCGUCAGGGUCUCCAGUAUGUAGCCCUGAUCAACGGUUGCUUGCAGCGUGCACCGCCCUCCGUCUGCCCGUGUUUGUUACGGCGGCAGGUACAACACCAACGGCAUCGCGGAGUCGGAGAAGUUUUGGCAUGCCCAAAACCCUUUACGGGCGGUCCCCAUCACUUCUUUCUUGA